AUGACAAUGGUGAUGGUCGGAUUGUGUGUGCUCUUCCUAUUGGUUGUAAAUAGAGUUUUCGGACAGACUUGCCCAAGUGGCUGGGUGGGAAGCGGCGGGAAAUGUAUCGCCUUCCUUAAUACGCCCGGUAGUUUCCAAGACUCUAGGGAGACGUGCCAAAAACUCGGAGCAGAUCUAAUUAAAAUUGACACGCCAGAAAUCAAGACAUUGGUAGAAAGCCAAGUCGCUCAGUAUGGAGAUAAAUUCCAUUGGACGGGACUGUCUAAAGAUACAUCAUCGUGUCAGACCAAUUGGCGAUGGGGAGACAGUAAUACAGACACCUCUUACGUAACAUGGAGUAGCGAGCCAAACAACUGGAAGGGCAGAGAACACUGCGUUGAGAUCGUAAAGAAUGGCGUCUACAACGACAAUAAAUGUGAAAGAACUCUAGCCUUUAUCUGCGAGUAUACAUUAAAGAGAGGGGAGACUGUCUGUCCUGACGAAUGGGACCAACGAGGAGCUAAGUGUUACUACUUCAGUCCGAGGUCAGCGGACUUCCGUAAAACUUGGGCGGAUGCUAGAGUGGCAUGUAACGCCAUGAUGCCAGGUUCUGACCUUGUAACAAUUGAAGACCCGGAUGAAAAGGAUUACAUAAAGGCCAAAGUGAGCAAUCUAUGGAAAACAAGACCGGCUUGUUGCGGUUGGUGGACCGGACUAAACGAUCUUCCCAAUGGAGACACAGGGCCCUGGCGAUGGCUUGACGGUCAGCCCGGGGCAGUUGCAGGAGCGUUAAUUGAUUGGUCAGUUGAACCCAAUAAUUUCGGAGCCUCCAAGUAUUGUGGCGUCAUCUAUAAUUAUAAUACUUUUGAAGAUGAGGACUGCGACGCCAGACAAAAUUUUAUAUGUCAAGCUCCUGGGACAAGUUGUCCACCUACCUGGGUGGCAGGCGCAGGAAUGUGCUUUCAGUUUGUCCAACAGGAGGCCACUUGGGAUGAAGCUAGAUUAUAUUGUUCAACAACUAUUGGAAAUGGCGAUCUAGUCCAAUUUACAACACAAACUAUAGCCAGUUUCGUGAGUGGCCAGCUGGAAACGAUGAACAGUCCCGGUUGGUGGUGGACGGGGCUAAACGACCGUGACCAAGCCUCGAGGUGUUACGGAUGGGCGUGGACAGAUGGCACUACGGCAGAUCCGAAAUUAAUAAAUUGGAACACAGAGCCAAAUAAUUGGGGUGGCGGAGAACAUUGCGCCGAGAUGCGUAAAAAUGGUGUAUUCAAUGAUGUAGGAUGUGAUACUAAACAAGGGUUCAUAUGUAAAUACGUUUCCCCCUUGCCGUCUGUAUGUAUUCCCGGAUGGUGGCGAGGUGGUGAUAAUUGUUAUUUCCUGAGUGAUCGUUCUGAUGCAAAUAUUAUGACGUGGCAGAAUGCAAGAAUUUUCUGUCAGGGGAGGCAAGUCGGCGCCGACCUACUUUGGAUAACUUCUGAUGAUGAAAAUCAAUAUAUGCGCGACCAAAUAGCCAGACUUGCGUUAAAAUACCCAAAUGUUGGCAAAGGUUGGUACACUGGUAUGAACAACUUACCAAAUGGUGGAGUGCUCGGACCAUGGAAAUGGGCCGAUGGAUCACCGGUCGAUCCUGCAACUGUGACAUGGAAUGCAGAGCCGAAUGAGUUUGGUGACGUGGUAGAAUUUUGCGCUGCGCUGUACCAAGAUGGAAGCAUUCAUGACCAACCUUGCAGGUUUGCAAUGAGCGCUGUGUGUAUCGGAGGAGAGAAUGUUAAACCAAAUGGCGUUGCUCCAAAAACAACAGCGUUUACAUCAUUGUGCAUAUGUCUAUUAGUGUCAACUUUAGGACUGUAAUAAAACUGAUACCGGAUCAUUGUAGGAUCCAAAGUCUCGACUUUCCAUUCAAAUUCG